AUGGAGCCGUCCUUGAAGCAAAUCCUCGACGCGCUCAACGCCCGCUUCGACGAGUUCGACCGCCGUCUCGACGACCGCGACCGUGCCUUCGCUGACCGCACCGGCUCCGUCGACUCCCAUUUCGCCACCCUGGAAACCUCCAUCUCCACCCAAGCUAUCGGACUCGAGAAGGGCUUCGAGGGGAUCGAGUCGCGGCUUCCGGAUCCGGUGUCUGUGUCCGUCGAGCAGCGCCUCACCUCCCUUGAAGCCUCCUUCGCCGUCGGUUCCGGCCACCGCCACACCACUCUGGAGCCUCGCACCGACGUGCCAGUCAAGCCGGAGUUCGAUCCACGGGCGGUCGCGUUCGAGAAGGUCUCGGCGGAUCCAGAAGCGCGGCGCCCAGGCGUGGAUGCCGUCCUGGGUGACAUCCACAAGGACGUCCCGAAGCUGGUGCAGACACUCGACCGCCAGGUGUUCGACGAUUCGUCUCACCGGUCGGUCGUACUGCAUUCACCACCGGCGGCGACUGCGUUGGCUCAAGCAACCGGUCUGCACGCCACACCGCCCAGCGGGCACCGCGUCGACCUCACUCCACGGGAUGCUGGGUCCGGAGUCGUUACGACUUGGACCCAUGUCCCGGCCAAUGGUAUGCUUCCUGAACAUCACUCUCAUCAUUUUGUACCUGAUUUUCGUCCGCCGCCUGCCAUCUUUCAUCCGCGUCCAGCGCCUGAUCCCGUUCACCAUCCACCUUCCCAUCUAUAUCACCCCCUCCAUUAUCCCAUCCCAAUUUUCAGCACAGACCACUCCAUCCCCAGCAUUACCCUCCUUACCCUGAGUUCCACCGCCAAACUUCCAUUUCCAACGUUCGAUGGGGUCAAUCCGAAACGUUGGCGUUCCCUCUGUGAAAAGUAUUUCCUCACCUGUGUUGUAGAUCCCUCUAUCUGGAUUAGUUUAGUUGAACACUACAUGGAGGGUCCAGCAGCGAUUUGGUACCAAUCUAUCGCUCCCCAGCUUCCCUCGGCCACUUGGGAAUCCUUCUGUCAAAUGCUUCACGAACGAUUCGAUCGUGAUCAGCAUGAGCAUCUCCUGCGUCAAAUGUUCAGUAUCCGUCAGCAUACUUCGGUCUCAGCUUAUGUCACUGCAUUUUCUCAGUUAGUUGAUCAGCUUAUUUCUUAUUCGCCUCGUGCCGACCCACUAUUCUAUACUCAGUGUUUCAUUGAUGGACUUCGCUCCGACAUUCGAGCAGUUAUUCUUGUUCAGCGUCCCCAAACUUUCGAUGCUGUUGUUCGUCUCGCUUUACUGCAGGAAGAGGUGGCCACGGCUCCUAAUCUGCGAGUCCAGCGUGGAGGUGAUUGGUCGACUGCUGUUCAGCCCAGAUUACCAGCGGCUGCAGCAUCUCCUCUGCCGCUGCCCCAGCCUCCACCACGGGCUGACAAGGCGGUGGCCCCAAUUGCUGCUGCUUCGGUUGGGGCGAAUGUUCAGACCACCACUCAAACUAUGGCAGCUGUCAAGGCGUAUCGGCGGGCUCUGGGACUUUGUUUCAAAUGCAAUGCCAAGUGGAGUAAGGACCAUGUCUAUGCUCCAGAGGUCCUGCAUGCAGUCGCUCUCUGGGAGUCAUUUUCUUCAGAAGAUUCGUUGGCUGACUCUGUUGAGGAAUUUCCACCUUCGGAGCAGUGUUGCUUAGCCCUCUCCAAGUCUGCCUUUCCGGUGUGA